AGCCGCCAUUUUGGGGGGAGGAGAAACACUCGUAGGGGCGGCUGCGGGUCAAUGGGAUGUUGACUAGCUUCUGCUUCUCUGGCCAGCGCUGUGGAGCCGGGGCAGAAGCCUCCACCGGGGCCGCUCCUCCGGCUGCCUCUCCGGAAUGAGGCCUCAGUUCCCGCGCAGGACGGCUUCCUUUUUCUUCCGAGAGAGUCCAAGGAGAGGCCGAAGCCGAGACGAUGCCUGGGAAGCUGAAGGUGAAAAUCGUGGCCGGGCGCCAUUUGCCGGUGAUGGACCGAGCUAGUGACCUGACUGAUGCCUUCGUGGAGGUAAAAUUUGGUAAUACCACCUUUAAAACAGAUGUGUAUCUCAAGUCACUCAACCCUCAGUGGAACUCAGAAUGGUUUAAAUUUGAGGUGGAUGAUGAAGAUUUACAAGAUGAACCUCUCCAGAUCACAGUUCUUGACCAUGAUACAUAUAGCGCAAAUGAUGCCAUUGGUAAAGUGUACAUUGACAUUGAUCCUUUACUCUACAGUGAGGCUGCAACAGUCAUCUCAGGAUGGUUUCCAAUUUAUGAUACCAUUCAUGGUAUCCGUGGGGAAAUCAAUGUAGUUGUCAAAGUAGACCUCUUCAAUGAUUUAAAUCGAUUUAGGCAGUCGUCAUGUGGAGUCAAAUUCUUUUGCACGACAUCUAUUCCAAAGUGCUAUAGAGCUGUAAUAAUUCAUGGAUUUGUAGAAGAACUUGUGGUCAACGAAGACCCAGAAUAUCAAUGGAUUGAUCGAAUUCGCACACCAAGGGCAUCAAAUGAGGCCAGACAGAGACUCAUUUCUUUAAUGUCAGGUGAACUGCAGAGGAAGAUUGGCUUGAAAGUACUUGAAAUGAGAGGAAAUGCAGUUGUCGGGUACUUACAGUGCUUUGAUCUGGAAGGCGAAUCUGGGUUAGUGGUACGAGCCAUAGGAACAGCGUGUACGCUGGAUAAAUUAAGUAGCCCAGCAGCAUUCCUUCCUGCAUGUAAUUCCCCAUCCAAAGAAAUGAAGGAGAUUCCCUUCAAUGAAGAUCCCAAUCCCAAUACUCACUCAUCAGGACCCUCAACCCCUCUGAAAAACCAAACUUAUUCCUUUUCACCUUCCAAGUCCUACAGUCGACAGUCCUCUUCUUCUGAUACAGAUUUGAGUUUGACACCCAAAACUGGAAUGGGAAGUGGUAGUGCUGGAAAAGAAGGGGGGCCCUUUAAAGCUCUUUUAAGACAACAGACUCAGUCAGCAUUGGAACAGAGGGAAUUUCCAUUUUUUACCUUGACCGCGUUUCCUCCUGGAUUCCUCGUGCAUGUCGGGGGAGUUGUUAGUGCACGCUCUGUGAAGCUUUUGGAUCGUAUCCACAAUCCUGAUGAACCAGAAACUCGAGAUGCGUGGUGGGCAGAAAUCAGACAAGAAAUAAAAUCACAUGCCAAAGCAUUAGGCUGUCAUGCUGUAGUGGGCUACAGUGAAUCAACUAGCAUCUGUGAAGAGGUCUGUAUUUUAUCUGCAUCCGGCACAGCAGCUGUACUGAACCCUAGAUUUCUGCAGGAUGGCACCGUGGAGGGCUGUUUGGAACAGAGGCUAGAAGAAAAUUUGCCUGCAGGCUGUGGAUUUUGCCAUAUACCAUAUGAUGAACUGAAUAUGCCAUUUCCAGCUCAUCUCACAUAUUGCUAUAACUGCAGGAAACAAAAAGUUCCCGAUGUUCUCUUUACAACUAUAGACCUCCCAAUGGAUGCAGCAGUUAUUGGAAAAGGUUGUCUCAUCCAAGCAAGGUUGUGUCGCUUAAAAAAGAAGGCACAAGCAGAAGCAAAUGCCACAGCUAUCAGUAAUCUGUUGCCAUUUAUGGAAUAUGAAGUGCAUACUCAGCUAAUGAAUAAACUAAAACUCAAAGGAAUGAAUGCUUUAUUUGGACUGAGAAUUCAGAUCUCAGUGGGUGAAAAUAUGUUGAUGGGCUUAGCGUCGGCCACAGGUGUGUAUUUAGCAGCUUUACCAACACCUGGUGGUAUUCAGAUUGCUGGGAAGACUCCUAAUGAUGGCUCGUACGAGCAGCAUAUAUCUCAUAUGCAGAAGAAGAUAAAUGACACGAUUGCUAAGAAUAAAGAAUUAUAUGAAAUCAAUCCUCCGGAGAUAUGUGAAGAGAUUAUAGGAUCACCCAUUCCAGAACCUAGACAACGCUCAAGACUUUUGAGAUCUCAAUCAGAAAGCUCUGAUGAAGUUACAGAAUUGGACCUUUCACAUGGGAAAAAAGAUGCAUUUGUUUUGGAGAUCGAUGACACAGAUGCUAUGGAAGACGUACAUUCUCUACUCACUGAUGUUCCGCCUCCUUCAGGCUUUUAUAGUUGUAAUACAGAAAUUAUGCCUGGUAUAAAUAAUUGGACAUCUGAAAUACAGAUGUUCACAUCAGUAAGAGUAAUCCGAUUAAGCAGCCUUAAUCUAACUAAUCAAGCCCUCAAUAAGAAUUUUAAUGAUCUCUGUGAAAACUUGCUCAAGAGCCUGUAUUUUAAACUACGGUCUAUGAUCCCCUGCUGCCUUUGCCAUGUAAAUUUUACAGUAUCUCUCCCUGAAGAUGAAUUAAUUCAGGUUACAGUCACAGCAGUUGCAAUAACUUUUGACAAAAAUCAGGCUUUACAGACCACAAAAACACAUGCUGAGAAGUCAUUGCAAAGAGCCUCUACAGAUAAUGAAGAACUUCUGCAGUUUCCCCUCGAACUCUGUUCAGAUUCACUUCCUUCUCAUCCUUUUCCACCGGCUAAAGAACACCUGGAGAGUGCAAGUUCUAACUCAGGUAUACCAGCUGCACAGAGAGCAACGUCAGUUGAUUACAGUUCCUUUGCAGACAGAUGCAGCAGCUGGAUAGAGCUCAUUAAACUGAAAGCUCAGACCAUAAGGCGUGGAUCAAUUAAGACAACUGUGACAGUCGAAAAAGCAAGUCCAGUGGGUGAAGGAAAUUUCCGGAAUCGUUCUUCUCCACCUUGUGCAAAUUCUACAGUUGGCGUGGUUAAGAUGACACCUCUUUCCUUCAUUCCUGGAGCAAAAAUAACGAAAUAUCUUGGGAUAAUUAACAUGUUUUUUAUUCGGGAAACCACUUCUCUUCGUGAGGAAGGAGGUGUCAGUGGUUUUCUCCAUGCUUUUAUUGCUGAAGUGUUUGCGAUGGUGAGAGCUCACGUGGCUGCACUGGGAGGGAAUGCUGUUGUCUCCUACAUAAUGAAGCAGUGUGUCUUCAUGGAGAAUCCAAAUAAAAACCAGGCACAGUGUCUUAUAAACGUAAGUGGUGAUGCAGUGGUUUUUGUUCGUGAAUCUGAAUUAGAAGUGGUGUCAACUCAGCAACCAGCUGCCACCUGCCAGCCCUCAUGUACUGGAGGAGAAGUUACAACCUGAAGUCAGUUAGAAAGAAUGAGCUUCACUAAAUGACAUUCAUGGGUCUCCUUUGUUUUGUCACUCAUUUAUCUUACUAGACGUAAAAAAUGAACUUGAGAGAACUGAGGAAGAAUUGAUACAUUAUGAGUAUAUUCGAUUUGUCUGGGAUCACUUGGAGGCCUGAGAAUGUUCAAAUCUUGACAUUUUAGUUUGGCCAGCCUAGACGGACAGGCCCCGUGGAGCCUUGACCGCACCUCCCCCCACAGGAAGUUCAGAUAAACUUCUCUGAGAACUGUAGUAAAGAUGGAAGCUAUGUAUAAUUUAUGUUGAUUUUAAUAAAAUCAUAAUUUAGAAAACAAAAUGAUAAGAUUAUCAGGAAAUUAGGAUAGCUCUCCUAGUGUAAUUUAGAGAAACUGAGCAAGAAAUGAACAAAUUGUUAAUGAGUAAGUCAUCUGAUUCGAGGAAUGUAUGGGGAAAAUGGAGAAAAAUUUUCAGAAAACUAUGUGGGUUUCUUAAUAUGUUAUUUUGAUGAAGAAUUUGGUAACAACUGAAAGGGAAAAUUGCUUCAGCCAUCUUUGAAAAAGAAGUUAAAAUUCUGCAACUUGUAUCCAUAGUAUGUCCUAACUACUGGAAAAGAAAAGUAAUUUAUCAGAGCCAGUGUCCUUCCAUUGGAAGUUUAAAUAAGGAAGGAGGAAAAACAUUACUAUAUAACUUCGUUUCUAGCCAAGUUUCAAUUUGUGUUUAAUUUGUCUGGAAGAGGCUUGGCUUCAACUGGGAAGAAAAGGCCAGUGAAUUUUGUUGAAGUAGUUAAAAUAUAAUUGAUCUAGAAGGAACAUAAAAUUAUUUUCUGAUAAAGUCAUAUUGCACUCCUACCAAAUAAACAGAAUUUUAGUAAUAUCUUAGAGAUUUUUGAUGGUGAGUUAGACUAUUUGGCAUAGAGUUUGGAAAUGUAACUUGAAUGUAAAUAUGCUGCAGAAUGUUGAAUAUAUAGAUAGAAAUACUUUUUUUUGUCAAUGCCAAAUACCUAUUACAAGUGAACCUUUAAAAAUACAUUCCUCCUUUGCACAACAAAAUUUCUUUAUAAAACUCAUGAUUUUGCUCUUCCAGGGUAACAACUGCCCUAAAGAUUAGGAGUCGUUUCCUUGUUAUCACAGGUGUCAAUAUUUUUCUGUACUUUGUUUAUAAUUUUAUUUUUUAAAUAAAAAGUUUAUAAACUGGAA